AUGCAACUUAAUGUGCUAGUUUAUGUCGAUGAUUUAAUUGUUGCAGGGAACGAUAAAACUGCCUUGUUGUCAUUCAAGGCAUAUCUAGGUGAUUGUUUCAAGAUGAAGGACUUGGGUGUGUUGAAAUAUUUUUUGGGGCUAGAGAUAGCCAGAAACAAACAGGGGAUUUUCAUGUGUCAGAAGAAGUAUGCCUUAGACAUUAUUACUGAAACAGGGUUACUUGAUGCAAAACCAGCCGAUUUUCCUAUGGAGCAAAACCACAGGCCAGCUCUGGCGGAAGGUGAUUUUUUUCAUGAUGUCGAAAGGUAUAGACGUCUCAUAGGACGUUUGAUUUAUUUAGCUGUCACUAGGCCGGACCUGACCUAUUCUGUGCCUAUUUUAUCUCAAUUUAUGCAGAGUCCGAGGGUAGAGCAUUGGGAUGCUGCCUUGCGAGUUGUGAGAUACUUGAAGAAGAGUCCAGGUCAAGGUAUUCUGCUUAGGUCUGAUAGUGCUCUACAGUUAGAAGGAUGGUGUGAUUCGGAUUGGGCGAGUUGUCCUUUGUCUCGGAGAUCGUUGACAGGUUGGUUUGUGUUUCUUGGAUUAUCUCCCGUGUCGUGGAAAACCAAGAAACAGCCCACAGUAGCUAUGAGUUCUGCAGAGGCAGAGUAUAGGUCCAUGUCUUCUUGUACUCGUGAGUUGAAGUGGUUAAAGCGGAUUUUGAGAGAUUUAGGUGUGCGACAUGAGAGUGGCAUGCACCUCUAUUGUGACAGUCAAUCGACAUUAUACAUUGCGAAGAAUCCGGUGUUUCAUGAGAGAACGAAACAUAUUGAAGCCGAUUGUCAUUUUGUCAGGGACGCCAUAGCAGAAGGUCUCAUAAAACCGUCAUAUGUACCUACGACGCUUCAGUUGGCUGACAUUUUCACAAAGGCUUUGGGAAAGGUCAAGUUUGAAUUUUUACUCCGCAAGUUGGGCAUUUGUGACCCGUAUGCUCCAACUUGA